GGGUGGCACGUGGCCAACGGUCAGUCGUCGCCCCGCGGCCGUCCGACACGCCAUGGCCACAACAUAGCGACCACACACGCCGCCAUGACUGAUGACAUACCAGAAACGGGUGCCGUGUUUACAUUCGGCAAGUCCCACUUCGCAGACAACGAGCCGUCACACUUCUUCAUCAAGAACGACCCCAUCGUCGCCAUCUCCUGUGGUGAUGAGCACAGCGCUGUUAUAUGCCAGAAUGGUCGAGUGUUCGUGUUCGGCGGGAACGCGUGGGGACAGCUCGGCUUGGGCCAUAAGGAUGAGGUGACGCGGCCCAGCUGCGUCAAGUGGCUUAAGCCGCGCCGAGCGCUCUUCGUCGCUUGCGGACGCGCACACACUGUCUUCGUCACAGAAAACAACGCCAUCUACACAGUGGGCUGCAAUGAUGAGGGUCAGCUGGGUACCGGAGAUAUGGAACACCACACGGUGCCUCAAUACGUGGAUCUGGUGGAGGGAGAGACCCCCGGCAUACGACAGGUCUCCGCCGGGAGCAACCACACUGCGAUAUUGACUGAUGAAGGCCGCGUGUUCGUGUGCGGCUCCAACACGGAGGGCCAGUUGGGUCUGGGCGAAGACACCCGGUCUUGUGUCAAGUUCACUGAACUCAAGUUUAUGGAGAAGAUAGCCUUCGUUGAGUGUGGAUACUAUCACACUGUGUUUAUUACCUCCAAAGGAGCAGUCUUCGUAACCGGCGACAAUGAGAACCAGAAACUUGGCAUUCCUCGAGAUACGACCACAAUAUUCGUCCCUGAGGUUCUACCAAUCAACAUCCCGAUUAAAAGCGCCUGUUGUGGCGCCGCGCAUACAUUCCUCCUUUCUAUGGACGAGUCGAAAAUAUUAGCUUUCGGGUCGAAUGAGAAAGGCCAAUUGGGACUGCCCAAAGACGUGCAGCAUGUGACGGAAGCCACUGAGAUUGAUAUGGAGAAGAUGUUUGACGGGUUUCAGUUGAAAUUGGUGGCUUGUGGCGCUAUGCAUACUGCGUUUGUUACCGAUAACGGCUUGCUGUUCACGUGCGGCGAGUCGAGACACAACAAACUUUGUUUGGAGGAUAUCGACGACGCCGACAAUUCGAACGAGGCAGUGCCCAAUCAAUACUCACCGAAGCGGGUCACUGCUAUGAAUGGCUUCGUCGUCGACAAUGUAGCUUGCGGCGGCUGCCACACUUUACUCACCGCUAUCAAAGGAUCGAACGCGGACUUCACUAACAACGACUUCAGCAUCGUUAACGAAGAGACCAGACAGAUAUCUAUGCCCGAACUACCUCCACUUCAGAAAAUUCCCAUGAUGAACAAAGCGGACCCUCCGACGAGCGAAGAUGUUGCAAACUCUAACGUCGAACAACAUUUGAACACAGACAAUGUAAAUGGAAACGCCGAAGAAACUGGAUCGAUCGACUCUUUGGAGGCCAACGUUAGCGGCUCUCACAUAGUAAACAUAAACGACCUUGAAGUCGAAAAUGGAAGUUUACACGAGGUCGACGAUAUAAAAAAAGAUGAUACGGCACCUUCCGCCCCUAUUGAAGCGGAAGUGACUAAUUUUAUGGAAUCAAUGGACUCUGCAUUUAAACAUGCUGGAGAUAAAAUUAAAGAGACAGCAAAAGACGUGUCUAAUAAAGUGGACGAUACAGUCAAAGACAUGUCCAAUAAAGUGGACGAAACUGUUAAAGAUAUGUCUCAUAAAGUAGACGGUGCAGUCAAAGACGUCAAGGACGCCGUGAACGAUAAAAUAGAAGCAGUCGAACAAAUAUUUACUAAAACUGAAGCUCCGGAUCCGGGAAAACACGAUUGUGAAUUGAAGAAGGCCUUGACAAUACCAGAUAAGAUUUCAGAGAUUGCUAAUUCACCUCCUCCAAAAACGCCCAUAAUUCAGGAGCUAUUGCAUGUUCCAGACUUAACGCAAAUAGAUCAAGACUUGAGUAGAAACAGUGAUGAUGGACAGAAGAGUGAGAAUGGUCAGUCUGAAAACGAGACUAUACCUUGUGGUUCGGAUAAAUCUAGUCCUCAAGCGAAAACGAAGACGCAAGCUGUGAUGCCCAUAGUACGAGGGGAGGAUGGACUUGACCCUCAGUCGGAGAACUGUGAAGACGUAGAUGUUGUUACAAACGAAAAAGGUCGAUUUUCGCGCAUGUUCCAAUCGUUACGAGAUAAAGAAAACUCGUGCAUGGGUAAAGGGAAGGUCAUUGAAGAGAAAGUUGUAGAAUCGGUGCACAAAGGCAUCGAUGGCACAGAGGAAACAGUCCACAAGAUUGAAGAAACAGUCGAGACAGAAGUCAGGAAUCAAACCAACUCGCGAGCGUGCACCAUACUCUAAUGUUACAGUCUCGUCUUCUCUAUUAUAUUUAGCAGUACGAAUAAAGUUUU